UCCGUGGGCAAUUCCGCAGAUAAAGAGUUAAGCAAUCUGGUUGAUAAGCUUUUGAGAGGCUGACCAUUUAUAAAUAAGUGCAUUUUGAAGUGACCAGACAGUGAAAGUGUUUUCGAAAACAUUUUUUAUAUUACUUAGUAAACGGUUAUAUGAUCCGCGUUGUUUCAGAUUGGAUCAUUUCACAACUGAAGAACUGAUUCACGCAUGUGAAAUUUUGCUGUUUUUAGUUUGGGUGUUGAAGUUGCCGUACGGAUUUUUUUUAAACCAAACUUACUGAGUACAAUUUUGGUUCACUUGUUGCUAGCAGCCACAGUCGGACCACGUGUGGAAUAUUCAAUUUCUAGCGUGAUGGCAGUCAAUGGAUGAAAAACUACAGACUGUGCGAUCAGAAAAGUGAUAAAUGAUGAAUUUGACGAAUACAAUUGCUUCUAAGUUGCCGAUGUAGCCGCACCGAUGAAUCUCGUCGAAAAACUGAACUUACUGGUAGCUGUUUUGGUUCACUUCAGAGCUUACUGCGUUGCAACAACUGUUCCAUUAGAGUGUGGAAUAUUCCAGUUCAUGUGUGAUGACGGGCAAUGCAUAAAAAACUACAAACUGUGCGAUGGACAAAAGGAUUGCAUCGACGAAUCUGACGAACUGUUCUGUAUUCCAGAAAAUGAAACUCUUGUACCGUGUAGCAAAGAUUAUUUCCGAUGUGUCGAUAUAAAACGCUGCAUUUCAUAUGUUCGAAGUCGUUGCAAUGGAGUACCCGAUUGCUACGAUGGUUCUGACGAGCUGAAUUGCCCUGUUUCCAUGUGUAGAAAAGGCGCCGAGUUCGAGUGUUUGUGGAGUAAACAAUGCAUUCCCCUCUCAAAGCGCUGCGAUGGUCAAGCUGAUUGUGAGGAUGAAUCGGAUGAGAGAAAUUGUGGAAAACAUCGAUGGAUUUUUUCAGCCAGUCACUUCCCGUGCCAAGACUUCAUAAGCAUUCCUCGAAUAUGGCAUUGUGAUGGCGAAAACGAUUGCGGCGACAAUUCUGAUGAAGAAAAUUGCGAAGGAAAGAAAAAGUCAUGCCCGAACAACUACUGCAUGCAAAAUGCAAGCUGCAUGUUCAUCAAAGGUCAAUACUAUUGUAACUGUCCAACAUCUUCCACGGGGAAAAAGUGCGAAAGGAGGAUAUCUGAUGAAAGGGAUUCAAACAACCUAGGAAUAGUAAUUGGCACAAUUGUGGCAGUCAUCACCCUAUUCAUAAUCAUAGCCUGUAUAUUUUUCUACUAUUGUAAAAGGUGAUCAGACAAGAAAUCAACUACAUCCAUAUCAGUAGUUGAAAAUCAAAUGGCAGUCGCUUCGUAUUCUAAGGAAUAAAUGGAUGAAUGAUUUCACAGAUGUAAAUGGAAUUUGAAGUAGCGAUAAAACUGAAAGGAAAGAAUUUUACAUUGUUUAUAAAAGAGCAUUUUUCAAUAUUGUGUAUAAAAUAAAUUAUUUUUUGUAAAA